AUGACCGCGCCCGAAAGCAGUAGCCCCGCCAUGACCAGCCAAAGCACGACACAGGUGACUGUUCUCACCCCUGAAAUUCCUGUGAACUUCCAUGGAGGUCCCGAUCCCAUGUUCACGUCACUGGAUAAUGCCAACCUGAUGGGCGUGCUGUGCUUCUCAGUGAUUCUCGGUCUGGUUCUGUCCGCGUUCCGCGAUGAGCAGAACGUGGUGCUGCACGUGUUUGUCUGCCUCAGCAACACACUCAUGACGGCCACGCACAUGCUCCUCUGGUUCGCCCCAGUGGGACUCUGCUCGGCCAGCGUGUCGCUUGUGCUGCAGGGUGCCGCAGAGUUGCAGGCCCUGACGGGCGACCUGUCGAUGUACGUGAUGGCUUUCCUGGCAGCCGUUGCCCUGCAUGGCCUGCUGGUGCUACCUACACUGUACCUGUUCCUCACGCAUCGUCAGCUGGGCCCAUUUUUCCGAAACAUGGUCUACCCACUGUCCGUAGCUCUGGGCACGUCCUCCAGAUGCUGCAUGGCCCUGUCGUUUAUGUAG